AUGUGUGACCGAGCCAAACCAGGUUGCGAAAGAUGUCAAAAGGCCGGCCUGGAAUGUGCGGGAUAUUCGGCUGACUCCUUUGUGCUCGUGGUCCCUACUCGAAAGGCCGGAAAGGGGAACAACAAAGUCAAAUUCACACAGACUCGAAGUAACUACAAGGAGAGCAGCAAUAGAAAUAACGACCAGACCGAAAGUGGUGGUGGUGGUGGUGGUGGUGCUAAAAAUGGCGAAGAAGGGCUCCAGUUGUCCCCUAAACCUUCCAUCAACGUAGCCCCGGAAAACAGAAUGCAGGUCCUGUCGUAUUUCAUAGAACGGUACCAGCCAGCCUCCAUGACCAGUCGCCGCGGGUUCGUAACGCCGUCUUCCUGGAUUCGGAGUCUGCCGAGCCUUCUUGGUCGAUGGGAGAUAUUGGAUACUGCCCUAUCGGCAGUCUGUCUUGCCUACAUAGGUGACCUGCACCAGGAUGGCGUGCAUCUGCAUGAAAGCCAGCGGUUUUACAAUGACGUUUUACGCAAACUGGGGUCUCUGCCACUUGAUUCGAUCAAAUCGGCCAAUGAGGGCGUGCUGACUACGACUAUGACCAUGGCCAUGUAUGAGCUCUUCCACUGCUCCUACAAUGGCUUGCAGGGGUGGAUGUUUCAUGUCCAGGGUGCUUGCCGAAUCCUAGAACUCCGGGGGCCGCCUUCAAAGGAAUCUCCGCUAGAUCUGAGCUUGUACAGUCGCGUGCGAAUUACAGCUCUAUGGGAUGCCUACGGUAGCCGGAAAGGCCUCUUCUUAGCCCGUAGGGAAUGGCAAAAUUUGUCGGAUUCCCCUCACGAUACCCUUCUGGAUCUGCUCGUCUGCAUGCCGGGGCUACUAGAGACCUCAGAUACUAUCAAGUCAACGGCAAAUCAACCGGGAAGAGUGUUCAACACAGCGAGGGUUGACGAUCUCCUCGGCCACUGGCAGGUGCUCUUUGGGCGUCUUUUGCGAUGGUAUACAAACUUUGAGAAUCGAGAAGCUGCCGGUCUCUACGAAUGUGGACCAUUGCAGCAAGAUAGCCACCCGUACCUCGAAGCCGACCAGUCCCAUCUAUACUCUGUGUUUCCGCAAAUCAUCUCCUUCAAGGACGCAUAUGUGGCCCAGAUCAUGCUCCUAUACUGGUUCGGCCAACUGGUCAUCCACGCUGCAAUGACCGAAAUAUACAUGAUCAGAGAAAAGCACCAGGCUAGAUUGUUUGCAGGCGCAUUUCCUCCGGAUUACAAGGGCGUGCAUCAGGCGUCGAAGGAGAGUGUGCAAAAGGCUGGCGAUUACUAUGCAACCAAAAUCUGCCAGUCUACCGCCAGUCUCAAGGGAGGAUACGGCUUUCAAAUGGUAAUGGUUCCACUGUGGGCUGCACUGCAAUUCUUUGCCCUGUGUGGUGAUCCCAAGUUUGACUGGAGUCAGGCGGUCUUUAGGAAUUUUGGUAAACUGGGCGGUUUCAUGCUUGCUGAACCUUUGCGGGUGAUGAGGCCGACGCAGUAUCCUGGUAUAGCAGCAGAGCGUUGA